AUGGCCCGCAAUGACAAAUUCGAGCGCUUGACGCUCAUGGUGAUUUGUAUCAAUGCCAUUUACAUUGGAGUGGAUGCAGACAACAACAAGGCCUCGACGACCAUAAGCGCAGAAUGGCCGUACCAGGUGUGCGACCAUGCCUUCUGCUUGUUCUUCACGUUCGAACUGGCUGUCCGCUUUGCUGCCUUCGAACGCAAGCGCAACUGCCUGCGCGACAUGUGGUUCAUUUUCGAUACCACGCUCGUAAUCCUCAUGGUCUUUGAAACUUGGAUUCUCAGCAUCGUGCUCUUGAUAGUCCAAUCUGCAGACGGGGGUGGUGUUGCAACCGGGCCACUCCGCCUUCUGCGGCUUCUGAGGCUUUCGCGUUUGGUGCGCCUUCUUCGUUCCCUGCCGGAGUUGCUGACACUGGUAAACGGAAUGCGAGCUGCUGCGCGGGCUGUUAUCUCGGCUCUCAUGCUCAUCAUUGGUCUCAACUACGUCUUCGCGAUUAUCAUCAACAUGUUUCUGAGAGAUAUCCAAUACCCGAUGUGUAGCGAUGGAAACUCUUCGGGAUUUUGUUCCGAAGAAGGGAACAUGAUGGAGCGCAAGUUCAACACACUUGGCGUGAGCAUGUGGAGUUUGGCGCUCCAUGGCACCUUUAUGGAUGCCAUCUCAGACCUUCUCGAGGACAUGCGCGACUUGGAGAACUUGGAAACAGGUGGCGGUUGGGUGCUGGCCUGGUCUAUGAUCUUCGUUUUCUUCCUUUACGUCCUCCUCACAAACAUUACCGUCAUGAACAUGCUCAUUGGGAUCGUGUGUGAAGUCGUUUCAGAAGUAAAGCUGAGCGAUGAGAAGAACACGGCCGUGGUUUAUUUGAAGAGGAAUCUCAGGAACUUGUUGAUUGAAUUGGAUGAAGACAACAACAAUCAGAUAUCGAAGAGAGAACUAAAUGCAGCCUCGAAACUGCCUCGUGCGCGGGAAGUCUUGAAAGAGCUGGACGUGAACGUGGACAAUCUGAUUGUUUUGACCGAGCCAUUGUUUGAGCAAGAUGCUGACGCUGGCCGGGAGCAGGAAGUGACACGAGAAGAGCUCUUGAACGUAAUUCUUGACAUGCGUGGUGAUCGCGAUGUCCGAAUGGAGGACAUCGUCGAGCUGCGCUGUGAUAUCCGCCGCUUUGUCCACAGGCAAACCAACGAGCUUGUCAAGAAGACGGAUGAGAUUGCCGGGCACAUCGAAUCCAUUGAGAGGCUCGCAGAACUGCUUGCAAGACAAACAUCAGCGAGAGAAGAGUUGCAUCUGGCUGUUUCAAGCAAGGAUGCGGCGAGACUGCAGACGGCUUUGCAAGCGGCACAAGGCUUGCUGCUGGAUGUGGAGGUGCAGUGGGGUCAGCAGGAGCUCACCAAAGUCUCUUCCAAAACAGAGUCGUGGCAGGACGGGGAAGAGGCGAUAGUGAUCCCGUCCGCCGAGCAGCUUGAGCAGCUUUUAGCCGAGGACGAGGAGCGUCAGCGCCGGGAGGAAGCCGAGGCAGCAGCCGAGGAGCAACGGAAAGCUGCGGAAGCGGAAGUCGCUUGGAAGAAGGUGCAAGAUGCGAUCAACGCCGACGACGAGGGCGCAUUGCUAAAGGCGCUUAGUGACGUGGAAGGCAGCCCGGCGACAGCAGCUUUGUCAACGCCAGAACCGCAAAUCAUGCACCUUAGGCAGGCUGCCGCCGGACCGGGUUGCCGCAGCGAGGCGAAGGUGCGGCUGACUGUUGCUCUCUCCUUGGACUUUGGACUGGACUUUGGUGCUCCCAGGAUUCCCGCCAUGCGAGCCCGGGCGGAGAUGCGGAAGGAGCUGUCUUCGGCCAUCCGGAAAUCAGAGCCUUGGUUCGCAGGCACGGGGCAAGUUGACAGCGGGAAUCGGAGCCUCCAGGGUCUACAGCCUAGAGCCGCGAGCAAAAGAAUGCGGUCCUUCAGUUCCGAGGAGCUCGAGGAGGAGACCGUUACACUCAAGCACGUGAUUGCCACCGCCAAGCGCUCCUGCUUGCCACAGGCGGCUGAAGUGCUGGAGGCCGAAGCCGUCCUCAAGAGAAUGGAGGCCGAGCAGCGAAGGGCCAAGGCGGAGAAGGCCAGCAUUGAGCGGUCUAGGCGGCCGCCGCCGGGCCGCAGAGCCGGGCUGACGCCUCAGAGGGCCAGCAGAGAGCCACCGCCAACUGGCGCAGACGCGGCCCAGGAAGCGAUCUCAGCUCCGCUGUCGAGCAAUGAGGUCAAGGCACCUGCGACCAAGUUGGAACUAGCUGUUCUCAGCAAGGACAAAGAGCAAAUACAAGAAGCACUCGCAGAGUUGAAAGCCUCGGGAAUGUCAAACCAAGAGCGGAACUAUUUGUACGCAUGUGCACGUGCGAACUUCGGGGGGCGUUGA